GACUACGGAGCUGGAGCACUCCUGAGCUGUGCCGUUCGGUUCGCUGAACUUGCCACACCUCAGGACCUGAAUCAGGAUGGCUUCAUCGACAAAGAGGAACUGAGAACCGUCUUGCAGAAGAUCCGUGACAUUGGCUCGGCCAUCAGCGAUGAGAUGAUUGAUAUGGCGCUGGACCAGAUCCUUG